AUGUCGAGUAACCCUUUCGUCUUCCUGAUGCAGGUGAGAAAACAUUUUGGCAAAUGUCACAAAAGUAACGGCAUCUUUCUUGUGGUGCUGCCGUGCCCAGGCAAAUGCAACCUGGAGUGCAGUCUUGCACUCCAGGUUGAUGAUCUCGAAAAUAGAAGCAGAAGAUCAAACUUAAUCUUUUAUGGCAUUCCGGAAGUAGAAAAUGAGAGACCUGACGACCUCAAAAGAACAAUCUCUGAUAAAAUCAUCAAGGGUACCAUCGGUGUCACGGUGUCGGGAAUCGAGAGAAUGCACCGCCUAGGUACUAAAGCAGAAAAUAAAACGCAACCUGUUAUCCUCAAGUUGCAAUGUUUCGAGGACAAGGUGAACAUAUUAAAGAACUGUGCCAAGCUAAAGAAUUCCAACAUAUCUGUGGGUGAAGACUUUUCUAUCCGUGUGCGUAACAUCCGAAAAGAACUUUGGAACAGCAGCAAGAGCAACCGAGAUAGGGGCGAAAAAGUUACACUUGUGUACGACAAGAUUAAAAUCAAUGGCCAGGUUUACGUCUGGGACGAACAUAAAGGAGCCCGAGUGCCCGUGGGAAAGAAACCUGCCGUCCCAAAGAAAAAAAAACUGACUAAACAUGAAACGCCCUCCAGCCUAGUGAUAGUGAACAUAAAUGCCCGAAGUGUUGUGAACGAAAGCACAGAAUUUGAGGCAUUUAUUAUAGAACAUAGACCAGAUAUUUUAACAAUAACCGAAACAUGGCUUUCUCCUGAUGUUUCAAGCAGUGAUAUCUUCCCUCCGGGUUAUACUGUCAUGCGCAAAGAUAGGUCCUCUCGCGGGGGUGGCGUAGCAAUUUUGAUAAGGGAAAAUAUUUACGUCACACCUAUGCCUGAAAUGGUUGAUGCUGAAGCACUUUGGUGCAAAAUCAUGACAGAUCUAUCCUCCCUUUUUUUAGGCACCAUGUACCGGCCCCCGGAUACUUUCUAUGAUAUGCUACACGUGCUAGCAAAUUAUAUGUAA